AUGUUUUCCUUUGGAGGUAGCAGCAAGAAGUCAAAAGAAUCAAAGAUGGCGGAGGACAACAAAGCCGAAAGCACUAGCAACAGCAACAAUAGUCAACUGACGGAUGAAGCGAAACAGGAACUUCUCGAACAGCGUCAACGCCAAAGUCUCUUGAAAGAACGACAAGAUGAGUUGGAUCAACAAUUGAUUUUGCUGGAAGCCCAGCUGCGAGCGGCUCGGGAACAGAUCCAUCACGAAAAGGCCGGAAAACGCAAAAUCUUUCAUUCCUUGGUCAAAGUAGCAAACGAACUCAAAAAGACACGACAAGAAAGCGGACCCAUUAUGGAAGCCAACGAGUAUGCCAAUCAACCCUGGUAUCAAGGAGGCAUUUGGCGCAAUCAGGUACAAGUGCUUCCUGGAGUGGCAGCGACACGACAAUCACAUCAACAACGAGGCGGGCAAGCCGUCAGUCUCUCUGAUCUCUUUUUAGAUUUGGUCAUUGUCACGGCAUUCACGCGAGUGGGACAGGCCAUUUCCAGCAAUCAAACCAUCAAUUUGGCGUCGGUACUCUACUUUGCCGUGUUUUGGACCAUAUGGUCCAAAGAAGCCAGUUAUUCCUCACGCUUUGAUACCAGCGAUUUGAGUGCCAAAGUGUCCACAUUGGUCACCUGCUUUGCCGUACUCUUUGGAUCUCUCUCCGCCAGUGCACCCCUCGAUGCCACGGGAGCCACGCGCAUCAUGAUGGUCGGUGCCUUUUGUGCCAUUUUGAAUUGUCUACUCCAUGUUCGCAUUGCCGUUUUCUUUGGGGAAGCGGCUCCCGUCGAGAAUAUCAUGAUGGGCUCCGCCGAACCCAAAUCACGUCAAAGCGUCGCGCGAGUGACGGAAACACGACAACACGUUCGAUCCUAUGCCAUUUUCAAUAUUGCCAUGACGCUGAUGGAAGCCAUUGUGUGGAUCAUUGGAGUACUCGUCGUACCCGAGACAUCACCGCUGCGAUGGUUGAUCUUUGCGGCGGGCAUCAUCUUGGCCAUGAGAGUGCCAAGAGCCUUUCUCGCCAAUGAUUUUCAUGCCGCCCGAUCCAAACGAGGCGUCCUCUUUAUUCUGCUUCUCGGAUUCUUGAUGCAGAGCGUCAUUGUGGUCGCCAGCGAAUUCUUCCAAUACGAUUCCCCCACCGGACCCGACUACACAUUCAUCGGGGCAUCUUGCUUGAUUCUAUUCUGCAUCAAACUACUCUACGUCGAAGACUCCAAUACUUCCAAUUCCCAAGAUCAUGCACUCCUCGUCAAUCGGACCGCCGCCUUUUUGUUCAAUCUCGGACACUUUUGUUUGCUCUUCAGUACCACCGUCAUGGGAUCGGGGCUCAAUUUGGUCACACACGAGUACCUGGCUGCCGCGGCGGCAUUGCCAGGGCCAUCCAAGCAAAUGGUCAUGGGUGGAUUCAGUGCCGUCGUAUUGAGCAAUUACUUUAUCAAGUCGAUGCAUGUCAAACGAGUUCCAUCCUACGACAAUAUCACGCAUCGACGCAUGUUUAUCAUGGCAUACGUGGCGGAACUCAUCGUCACGUUGGUCAUUGUCAUUGUGACGGCCAUGGUGUGUUCUGGUACGGGUGGUGGAUAUUUGCAAACCCUGUCGGAAAAUGAUUUGGAAUUGUUGUUUUUGUUGAGUGGAUUGGCAUUGUUCUUGGUAUUGAUUAGUUGGUUGGAUCAAGGAGUGGAGUUGACUUUGUACGAUUCUGCGGAAGAUUCGCAGGAGUACUUGAUCCAACCCUUUGGUUUGUGGUCGUUUUGUCUGGAAUCGGAAGUCACCGACGAAGCUAUGUUGGAGGAUCUGGUGGCCGAUGACAUGACGCUGUCACGACGACUCUCCGCCGUGUCACCCCUCUUGGGCAGCAGCAGUGCAGCGUUUUUGAAGCAAGAGUUGAAGAAUACAGAGGGGUAUGGAUCCAUGGCGGGCAUUUCGGAAGAGCAAGUCUAA